AUGGAGUGGGAUCCAAGUCGAUUUUUCCGUUCUUCGGGCAGUCCUUCGCCUUACGCUAUGCUUGUUCUCAACCAGCCAAUCAAUGAGAAAGCAUUUGGGGUUUUGAGCAGACAUGCAUCAUUCAUUCUGUGUGCCGAUGGCGGCGCCAAUCGGCUAUUUGAUAUGACCAAAACCAUCGAAAACGGCCCUCAAAUCCCCGACGCUAUAAUCGGCGACCUGGACUCCAUCCGUCCAGCAGUACAAGAACACUACUCGAAACUGGGUGUAUCAGUGAUCAAAGAUCCAGACCAAUAUUCAACCGACUUCACCAAAUGUCUAAACUACCUCAACACCCGCGCCGCAGAGAUCAUAGCAUCUCCACGGAACGCAAAGAUCCCAGCCAAACCAAACACCAAUGGUGGGCCUACAGCUGAAAGCGAUGAAUCACAUCUCGAAAUCGUCAUCCUGGGCGGUCUAGGCGGCCGCGUAGACCAGGCCUUCUCCCAAGUCCACCAUCUGUACAUGAUGACGCAGAAGCAGCGCUCAAUCCGUAACGGAGAGUCUGCAGAAGAUAAAGACUCGAAAGGCGGCGGUGGUAAUCUCUACCUCGUUUCGGAGGAGAGUAUCACAUUCAUUAUCCAGACGGGGAGGAAUAUAAUUCACACGCCGGCGACGAGGCGCGCCGAUAUGGAGGUGUCUGAGAAGGGUACGAGGAAGCGGAAACGUGGGACAGGAGGAAAGGAGUUAGGGGAGGAGGAGGAUGAAGAGGAAGAGCAAGAAUCAGAAAGAGAAUACUUCUUUGAGGAGAAUAUCGGGAUCAUCCCUCUCUCGGCACCUGCUAAGAUUACCACUCAUGGGUUUGAGUGGGAUGUGGAGGAUUGGCAUACCGAGAUUGGAGGGCAGGUGUCUACGAGUAACCAUAUUCGCGCUGAUAAGGUGGAGGUUGAGACGUCUGUGCCGGUUUUGUUUACGGUGGAAUUGGCGGAGAGGUUUAAGAGGUGA